AUGGGACUCCCUUGUACACAAGAAGGAGUCGAUUAUGUUUUUGUUGUGGUUGACAAGUGUUCCAAGGUGGGGCAUUUUAUUGCUUGCAAGAAGGCUGCGGACUCUUCCAACAUAGCCAAAUUAUUUUUUAGGGAGGUUGUGCGGUUGCAUGAUGUUCCUAAAUCUAUUACAUCAGACCGUGAUACCAAAUUACUUAGCCACUUUUGGAUAACUUUGUGGAAGAUGUUUGGUAUGGGCGUGAAUCGAGGUAGCACCGCUCAUCCGCAGACAUAUGGUCAGACUGAGGUUACCAACAGAACCCUUGGAAACAUGGUUAGGAGCAUUUGCGAGGACAGGCUGAAGCAAUGGGAUGUUGCACUGCCACAGGUAGGGUUCGCUUACAACAAUGUUGUUCAUUCUUCCACAGGAAAAUCACCCUUUGCGUUUGUUUACACUUCAGUGCCUAGGCACGUGGUUGACCUGGUCAGGCUUCCAAGAGCCAAGAAAACUAGUGUAGCUGUUGAAAAUAUGGCUGAACAGGUUUAG